AAGGGAAACAUGGUUGAUCAUUAAUUCCCACAAAAGCCAAUUAAUUUGCAUUAAUCUCCCCCUCCUUUCUAAUUGUGAGAAUGCCUAAAAUCUUUCGGGAAUACAUUGGUGUGAAGCCAUACUCAAAAAGUUUACGUGAUUUUCCAAUUAAUAUCAUCAACUCCAAUAUCUCAGAAUUCCACUUCAUUUUGGGCUUUGCAAGCGAGGAGUAUGAUGAUAAAAAAAGAGGCACAGGAGUUUUCAAAACAACUUGGAACGUUGAAUUCUUCGGUCCAGAAGAUGUGAAACGGUUGAAGGAAAAUAAUAAAAAUGUGAAGGUGGUAAUAAGCUUUGGAGGUUGUGACGAAAAAACUCCAUUCAAUCCUGCUGAGGAUAAUAUAUGGACGGAGAAAGCUGUGGCUUCACUCAAAGUGAUCAUCCUAAGAUUCAAGGAUCAAAGUGGCAGAAGUAUAAUUGAUGGUAUUGACAUCAAUUAUGAGCACAUCCUCACAAGUGUUGAUAAAGAUCGAUGUCGUUUCGCGGAGUGCUUAGGGCAAGUUAUAACAGAUCUCAAGAAAGAUAGAGAUCUGAAUAUCAAUGUUGUGUCCAUUGCUCCAUCCGAGCAAAAUGAUUCGCAUUACCGCAAAUUGUAUUGGGAAAACAAGGACAAUAUUAAUUUGGUUGACUACAAGUUAUACAACCAAACUAAAAUUGUACAAACAUCUGAAGAAUUUGUGAAACUUUAUUCAAAGAUAGCGAAUGACUACUCUCCUGAAAAAUUCCUUCCAGGAAUUAGCACCGACCCGGGUGACACCGAGCCUGCAGAUAAGAUUAUUAAGAUGCCAAGGGAGAUCUUCAUUGCUGGAUGCAAACAUCUUAUGCAAUACUCCACACUCCCUGGUAUUUUUCUUUGGAAUGCUCAUGACUCUGUGGUUCCUCCCUCUGGUGAGACCAAACCUUUCCUCCUUGAGGACAUCUUGCAAAGCCUCCUCCUCGUCACAUAACUAUGAAUUGAUGAGUUUAUAGCCAGCUAUAUCAUUUUGUACUUGUAAUUUUGUGUGUGCUUUUGUAUUAUAUUGUGAGUGUGGAGAAUUACUUCUCUUUUAUCAAUAUAUCAUGUGCUUGUAAUAAUAGUUAAUAAUAAAAUGCAUAAUAUUUUCAUUGAAAAA